AUGGCAUCUUCAACAGCCACCUCUGAAUUGAUAGAGCACUCCACAAUUGAUAAUUUGGCAAAAACCCAAGAGUAUGUGCCUACCCCUUUUGCAAUUCAAUCUAUCAAUGCUGGGGAUGACCUUCCUUUAGCAUUGCUUCAAGGUUGUGAAAUUAGAAUUACAUGUUUUGAUCAUAUAGCUCAAUUACACUCUAACCGUGUGGACAUAGGUUCACAUUAUCUUAUUUCAAAGGGAUCCAUUAAGGAGGCAAAUGCAAGGUACAAAAAACUAAAUAGUCAUUUAGAAAUCACCUUGUCUAAUGCAUCUAUACUGACACUCUGCACCAACGAAGAACAAGAAGAUCAACAAUGUCCUCUUUUCACACCCAUUAAUGAAUUGUUUCAUCUAUCAAAUAACACGUUGGUUGACAUAAUUGGCCUUGUUCUAUAUGUUGGAGAUAUCAUUCCAAUACACAGGAAAGAUGGCAAUGAAACACACAAACGUGUUGUGAAAAUUAAUGAUCUAUCUGAUUCAACAAUUGACAUCAACCUAUGGGGUCCAAUGGUAGAACAAAAAGGCCUACAAUUGAAAGAUAUGUUGAGUAAUGAUAGUGUCGUUAUCCUUGCUUUGCGUAAUGCUCAUGUUGGCUAUUUCAAUGGCAAGCUUAUAAACAUUAUAGCUGCAACCACAUUACAUAUCAACCCAACUUUUCCAGAAGCAGAGCCUCUAACAUUAAGAGGAAAGGACCCUUUACUUGUUGUACCCUUUGUUAAAGAAACUAUCCACAUAGAUGGCAGAUAUACUAGAAUGACUAUUUCUUCAAUUCGUGAGCAAAUGAGUGUCAAGCCAGAAACAAUUCAGACGACUUUGCUAGCUGUUCUGCACUUUGUAAACUUACAAGAUGCCACAGGUACUCUAUGGGCCACUACAUUUGAUGAGGGUAGCAUUCAUUUGCUACACAAAAAUGCAAAACAACUUUGUGCACUACAAAAUGAUGCAACAACAACAGAGACACCUUGCUCAAUGAUUAAGAGACUACUGUCACGUCACUAUUCCUUCACACUGCUAGUUUCCACUGAGACAUAUAAUUCAGAAUCAAAGAUGAAAGUCACAGUCAAUAAAGUCUCUCCUGUUGAUUUCAAAGCUGAGUCUCAUGCACUACUUGUAGAAAUUGACCGCCUAAGUACACAGCCUUAG